AUGUUUAUUUAUAAUUAUCAAUGCAAUGGAACGAUUGUUCAACAAAAAGAAAUUGUGCAGAUGACUUCUCCUAUUAAAGGUGAAUCAAACUUUGAUGAUCCCAUUGAUAACAUUUUGUAUAUUGAUGAUACCUCGUUAUAUAGUAACACUAUUACAAUUAAAGGAAAUAACAACAAACUUUUGUUGGGAAACAAAAUGGGGUUCGAGUUACAUAAGUACGAUGCACAGUUCAAUAAGAUUUAUGUUAAAUCAAAUUUAUUAUCAUUGUGCAAUUCGUUUUUUAUUUCAGAAACCGGAAUUAAAGAAUGUAUUUUAUGUAAACCGUUUAGUAUUUUACAAAACAAAUCGUGUCUUCCUUUUGACGUCAAUUGUAUUACUGAUGGUAAUAUUCCAACAAGAUAUUGCGAAACAUGUAAAUUGUCUUACCAAGCAUUUAAAGAAAAAUGUAUUUUAUGUUCAACUUAUUGUCUUAGAUGUAUUGAUGACCAAUGCAUUUUAUAUCAAGAAAUGUAUGAAGUAAAAAAUGGUAUUUGUGUUGAAGUUGCUAAAGAGAUUGUCGAUUAUAAAAGUAGAAUUUGGAAAUGUUCUAAACAUUAUUCAAACGAAAAUCAAACUUGUUUGCCAUGUAAAGAAGGUUGUGUUUUUUGUCGAAAUAGUGUGUGUAUUAUUUGUGAGCCAAAUCGUGUUUUUGAUGUUAAUGGGGAGUGUGUAAUGCCGAUUGGAAUUCUUUUAACAAAUAUGAAAGAAGCAAUUGUUUGUCUUCCAUCGUACUUUCUUGAUAAUAAUAAGUGCAAUUUAUGUUCUGAUUUUCAUGGAAAUUUGUGUAAAUUUUGUACAAAAGAUAAUUGUAUUUUCUGUGAAGGAGGUGUCAUUGUUUCAGAUGGAAAGUGUCUUCAAAUCGAUGAAACCAAUUGCACAAACAGUAAAGGGACGUAUUGUACUGGUUGUAAUGACGUUUUUCUUUCAAUUUCGGAAAAUGAAAUAUGUGAGAAUAAUACAAAUAAUUGUAAAGUAACUACAUUAAACGGUAAAUGUAAUUUAUGUCAAGAUAACACGUUUUACAAUUACGAACAACAAACACGUGCUCAACAAAAUUAUUCAAUUGGUAAUUGUAUUAUUAUGAAUUUUGAUAAUGAUCGUUGUGUAAGUUGUCAAAUGGUAUAUUUUGAACAAAAAAAUAUCAUUCACCUUCUCUUAUUAAAGGUGAAUGAUUACCGUACAACUCGCCUUUGGAAACUCGCCCUUAGACAACCCCCCUUCUUUUUACAAAAAAGUUCAACAUAA